GUGUAUGCAAAUGAAGCAGCAUGCACCAAAAAAAAAAAAAAAGGAGCAGUGCUGAAUUAGCUGUUUGGCAUUGGUUAUUAUACACUGCGGGCGGGUUUCUUUUUAUUCGCCUGUAUACGCUUAAAUGAUCAGCUAAUCGUACGACUGGUAGAGCGACGCAUCCCCAAGCACGGACAAGUUCACGUGAGAGUCACAUGAUGUCUUUGACUCUAGUGGGGCUUACGGCUUACCCCCUACGAGGAAAGCGACCGGACGGAAAAGGCGACUGAAACGGAAACCCGACCCAUUCGUACAAUAACAAAUCUUGUGUUCGAGAGGGGACAAAAAAAAGGAGCAAAACCAUUUAAAAAAACAAAAAGCCUUGGUUAAGUAAGCGGAAGAAGAAAGGAGUAGUGGCAACAGGAAUUGAGUUUAGCGUUGAGCAAAGGGAAAGGAUGGCAGUUUUAAAGAUGGACUUGUUACCUUUAGGAUUUAGAUUCAGGCCGACAGACGAAGAGCUCGUCAAUCACUUCCUUAGAUUGAAGAUUAACGGUCAUCAUUCCGAGGUCGAGGUUAUUCCUGAAAUUGAUGUCUGCAAAUGGGAGCCCUGGGACUUGCCUGGAAUGUCGGUGAUAAAAUCGGGCGAUCCGGAGUGGUUCUUCUUCUGCCCGCGUGACAGGAAGUACACCAACGGCCACCGUUCCAACAGGGCAACGGAUAAAGGGUACUGGAAAGCCACUGGUAAGGAUCGAAACAUUAAGUCAAAAAAUUCUCUCAUCGGCAUGAAGAAAACCUUGGUUUUUUACGAGGGCCGUGCUCCCAAGGGCCAGCGUACCAACUGGAUCAUGCACGAAUAUCGACCCACUACUAAGGACCUUGAUGGCACCGCCCCUGGCCAGGGUGCUUUUGUUCUAUGUCGAUUGUUUCAUAAACCAGAAGAGAAGAAUGAUAUUGUGAAGUAUGAUGAACUUGAACAAAAACAAUAUUCAGCUACCAUGACAAAAUCUACUCCUGAUGACGCUUCAUUGGAUCUUCUCCAAGAUACCGUUUCAUAUGAGACCCAAGUUCAAAAGCCCAGUAGCUUAAUGCAAAAUGGUCAAGGAACAUGUGACAACAGCUGCAAAAGUCAUAUGGCUUCUGAUGCCGAAGAUCAUGCAGCAGAAGAAACUGUGAUAGAGAAAUAUCCGCUGCUGGAAGGCAAUUCGAAUCUGUAUGAGCCCAAAUUUGGUGAAAUUGACUACAAACUCUUCCCGCCAAUGGACUCACAAUUUUUUGAAGAUCUGCCACUCUUCAUGGGUUCUCCUUAUGCAAGUGAUUUUGGCCAUGAUCAAAAUGGAUUUCAUUUCCAGGAUAGGACUAGUGAAGAAGAUGUAUCUCUGUUAUUGUUGGAUGAGUUCUCAAAUAACCAUGAUGACUACUGUGAAGAGUCAAACAGUCAGAAGAACUCGGUUGCUGGAACAAAGUUACCUUUGUCUGGUAAUGCAUUCAUCUCAAAGACAAUACCACCAGAAACCUAUCUCAAAGAAAAUGACAUAUCCAGUGAUACAGGCACUGAAAUGCUGCAACUACAGUGUGAUACAAAGGUUGGAUCUCCUAGGUGGUUUGGUGGGCAUAUUGAUAACAAGGAAUCACGGCAAAUGCUAACUUCCUUUGAGUUUAGCCAUACACAAACACCACUUUAUGACCAAGAGUUUAGAACUGGAAAUAUUGGUGGACUUGGAAAUUAUUCUGUUGGCCUAGCAACUUCAUCCACUGAUUCUGCAAUGGGUAAUAUGAAUAAUUUGCAACAAUUAACCAGUCUGAAGAAUUAUUUGAAUAACAGUAGUGAUCUUGGUGGUGGAACCGGAAUGAAGACUAGAACCUACCAGCCCCUACAAUCAAAUUCAGAAAACCUUGGAACUGGUAUCAAGAUUAGGACUCGUGAACCUCAGCAACAACCAAAUUCAGAGUACAUCAUAAAUAAGGGCACUGCUCCAAGAAGAAUACACUUGCAAGUGAAACUUUCUAAAGGGCCAAUGAAAGUUUCUGCAGGCUGUGUUGAUGAUGGCAAAAUGAGAACUACUGGUCUCGAUGAAGAAGUUCAAUCUGCUCUAACUGAGGUCACAAAAGCAGAAGCUACAGGACAGACUUGUAGCUCUGAUGAGCCAGAGAAAGAGAACGAGUUACUCAAGUUUGAUGGCAGCGUGAAUAUUACUGAAGAAUCUUGUAAAAAACUGAGGCAGAGGCUUAAGCAGGGUGGUGAGCAUCGAAGCAGCAAAACAGGCCCAGCAGUGCAUUCAAAGGCAGUCCCCAUGCAUCAUCGCUCAAGCUCUCUAUCAAUUCUUGUUUUCGCUAUUUUCAUUAUUACUAUCUUGUGUGUCCUAGUCAUGGGAAUAUGGAGAUGACUUAGAUCUUGAAUUCUUGAUGUUGUUGAAAUAGGCUGUAGAUAGGUAGUCCAUUUUCCUGCUGUAUCUUGGUAGGAAAUAUGAUCAGGUUCUUUCUUUACUUUCCCUUUUCAAAAUAUUAUUGUAGACUAAUGGUAUACUAAUUGGAUGAUAGCAUGUCCACUGCUGGUAACACUAGUUGAAAUCGGGAUAAGCUUUAUGAUUGAUCAAUGUAGCUUCUCAUCUCGAUUGGUUCAGUUUGAGCUGUGUUUGAAGUUUCGCUGAGUUGCAUUUUUCUUUUGUUUUUGGAAGUCGUGCUGAUUUAUCUUCAGUAGACAGACCUGUGAGAAUAAUUCGCGGAUUUGUUGAUAUUGAAAGUUGCACAGACUGCAUCCGUAAUUCCGUGUCAAACUCGGGCACCUCUAAUCUACCCAUGUUGUUGACGCAAUGCAUACUGUGGGCUCGUUCCAUGUCAGCAAAGCCAUAUCUAUAACAUAUGAUACCACAUGGA